AUGUCUCAAAACGACUGUAUUUCGUCUCGCGGACUUGGGUUCUUGCCGGAUGUCCCUAAGUUCUUCGAUGUUCUCAACAACUUGUGGCAUCCCGAGACUAACCAAGAAGGCAUAGUCAACCUCGGGCUCGCUGAAAAUGCAUUGCUGCAAACGGAACUUGUUUCGUUCAUCAACUCACACCUUCGUAUCACCUCUCAUGCAUUGACAUAUGGAGAUGGGUUUACUGGUUCAAAGCAACUGAAAGACGCUUUUUGCCUGUUGCUGAAUAAUUACUUCAACCCUAAUAUUAUGGUUACCCCGUCGCAUCUGGCCAUUACGCCUGGCGUGGGUAACGCAAUCGAGUGUUGUGCGUGGUCACUCUUCAACCCCAAAGACCAAGUUCUUAUCGGAAGACCCUAUUGGACGGCGUUCAACUACAUAUUUGGUAUUCGGGCUGGAGUCCAAGUCCGUGAGGUUUCAUUCAACGGCAUUGAUUCAUUUUCUUUAGAAGCUGUCGAGGCGUAUGAGAAGGAGUACAUACGAGCACGAGAGGAAGGGAAGUGUGUGCAGGCAGUACUCUUAUGCUCUCCUCACAACCCAUUAGGUCGUUGCUAUGCAAAAGAUGUCUUGAUAGCAUAUAUGCGUCUUUGCGGUAAACUGAGGCUCCACCUUCUCGUCGACGAAAUCUAUGCCUUAUCUGUGUUCGAGAACUCAGAGAUGGAUGACGCCGUUCCCUUCACUUCAGUACUUUCUUUGAAUGCAGAAGGACUCAUGGACCCAAGAAAGGUCCAUGUGCAGUGGGGAUUUAGCAAAGUGCUACAUCUCACCCCUCUACAGCUUCACGAGUUAACAUUACUGCAGGACUUUGGUGCUACUGGCUUACGCAUCGGCUGCCUCAUAAGCCAAUCGAAUCCGUUAUUUCUCAAAUCACUCGAGAGCUUUUCGCUUUUCAACUUCCCAUCAAGCCUCGCUGAUAACGCAGCGGUGUCGCUAUUGAUGGACAAAGACUUCACUGAUAGCUAUAUAUCAUUGCAUCGAUCCCGUCUGUCGGAGAGUUAUAGAUAUGUCACUGGGGUUUUACAGGCGAAUGGCAUACCGUACCUCAAGUCGAACGCAUCUUUAUUCUUAAUGGUGAACCUGGCAGCGGCUACUCAUCAUGCCGCGAGUGAUGAUGACAUCCUGGCACUACUUAGAGAGAGAAAGGUCUACAUCACUUCGGCAAGUGGUUACAAAAGUGAAACAUCUGGGUGGUUUCGUCUAGUCAUCGCGCAUCCCAAAUAUGUGUUGGAUGAAGGAUUGAAGAGGAUGUGUCAAGCCUUGUCUGGAGACAAUAGCGGGGUAGUCUUAUAG